AUGUGGGACAAUUUUCUAGCUUUGCUUGAUGAAGACCUGAAUGAAGAAGAAAACAGUACUGCACAAGCAUAAAUUUGAUUUCAAGUUGAUUGUCUAGUGAGUUGUUCUGCACGGGUGGUCGUCCUGAUGGUCGUAUAUUUUAGGAACGUUUUGUUGCAAUACAAUAAAAACCCGCAACUAAGAACCUCCAUUUUUCCAAGUUAGCCUAAACAAAGUUCUUACAGAAAUGGUUAUUAGCACAAAUUUAGGCUACGGUUCUUAUCUUCUAAAGAGAAAAUAGAUUACAGCUAAGAGUAUUUAGUGGUAUUCAGCUUAUUCUCUAAUAAAAUCUGCAUAGGUAUUCAGCUCGGAUUCCCUAAUAAAAUCUGCAUACCAUUAUAUUCAGCUGUACAUUGCAGUUGGACGGAUAAUUCUUCAAAGAGGAUCUUGAUUGCUGGCUUAUCUCAUUUGCUCAAUAAUCUUACUGCGUUUCUUCUUAUACAUUUUAGAAAAUAAGAACCUGUUUCAAAUUUUAGGUAUAACAGGUUCUUGUAUAGAAGGGGCCUAACUGGUAAAUUUUAGCCUUAACUUAAAAGGUUCUUAAAAACGUGGUUCUUAAGCCGCCAAUUUUUACUGUAUCUCACUACCCUUUCUGUGAAAUUUUCACAUCAUAAAACUAAAUUCCUAGCAGCAUUUUUUACCACUACGAUGGAGACCGAAACAGGAACAGCUGAAAGCUAAUGGGUUUGUUUUAGGAGCGGAUAUUAUUUCCACGGUUGGUCGAUAAUUUUUUAGUAAUUUUAAGACUAAAAAAUGACUUGAUUGAUCGAGGUCAGUGACUAUACAAUUCCUUUGCAAUGAUUUAAUCACGUCCCCGUCGAUAUGAUCAAGUUUUUAUUUUUCGUACAUUUAUAUCAAGUUUUUUUUUUUACCCAAAACAAGCAAACAAGUGUUUCACUGUAGGACACACGAACGCAGAAUUCACUGGAAACUCAAAAGUUGUCGACCGAGAAAUUAUUCAAAUUAUGAUGACAUUAGUAAUUCACUUGAGGUACAAUCAUUAAAGUGUAGCGAGGAUCAUUAACUGCUGUCCCACUUGGGGAUUGAAAUCAACAUUCAUUAAUAUAACUGGCGCCAGAUAUUGAAGAAACCAUCAAGGAGAAUGAAAAUUAAGGAUAUGAUGAUCUGUGCCUGUUAAGUCUUCCGCUUUUUUUCGACUCAGUGUGCUUACAUGUUAAGAGUCUCUUAAAUUAAUUGUUUGUUUCUUUCAUUCUGAAUAAAUGUUAUCUUUGUCAUUAGUGAGUCAGCGAAAACACAAUGGCCAACGCGGAAUAAAAACAAAAUUCCAAGAAUAUUUUUGUCUGGAAACUUCAUAAAAGAAAAAAGUGGACAGCUAACAGUCAGUGAAGUUCAGCUUAGUUCUUCGUCACCAUUUAAACGCUCAGUCUAUUCGCUAUUAGUCCGGCAGCCGGGUAAAUCCUUCGAUACAGAGCGGGUAAGGACGAAAACUCUAUCUAAAAGCUUUUUUUAUAUAUAUAAACACGUAUAUCUCGUAGUUUAUGAUCUGACUCAUCUUAGCAAACUUUAAAGACUUUGUACUACUGACAGAAUUUAUUCAUAUUGGAUUGAAGUUCACUUUCCAACUUGAGUAAUGGAUAAUGUUAGGGGAAGUUGUAUCUCUUAGCUUUAUCAUUAAUAGUCUGAUAUCACUUAACUUGUGAAAUAGAUAGCAGACACUUUUUCACAGUAUUACACUCCAAUUUCAUCACUUUCUUUUGUUUAGUCGUAAACUAUUGAGCACUAAUUGUUACGAGUUAGUGCUCUACAGGUUACAUAAACUGAAAUGAUCAAACUAUCUCGAUAAGUAUAUAUUAGCAACCACAAGUUUCUUUUUUCCGAUUAAUCGAGUUCGAGUUAGCGCGAGGUUCGAAUUAGCGAGGGUUCGAGUUAUCGGGAGUCACUGUACGAAGCGUUCAUUGUCGUAGACUGAGCCCGUACUUUUUUCCAAUUAUAAUAUAUUGAUCCCACGAUAGAGUCUUUCUGAAACUGAACGUGGGGCGAAACGUUUUUUCAGUAGCUUUGCUUAUGAACAUCCCGAUCUGAAUGCACAGUAAGAAAGUACUGCACAAGCUGAAAUUUUAUUUCAACUCAAGUUUCAAUUCAGUAAGAAAGUGUUGUUAUGAUUUCCACGAUUGGUCGAAUAUUUGAAGGAUGAGGCUUAAAUAAUUGAGCGUCUUGUGGCGACACCUCACUUCCCUUUCCAUGACAUUUUGUCUGGUAAAACUAAAAUCCUAACAGUUUCAUUAAUUUUUACCACAACUAAUGAAGCGAAUUCACCCGAAACACAAGGAAAAAAUACUGCUCAAAACUAAUUAUAGUAUAGAUUUGUUUUAGGAGCAGAUGUUAUUUGACCACGGUUGGUCGAUAAGUUUUAGCAAUUUUUAGAUGGGGGCGUAAGGGUUUGAGGUGAAGCGGUUUUGCUCGAUUUUUGGUGCGGUUUUGCGAGAAUUUUUUGUUUUAAGUUGCUGUAAUGCAGUUAAAACCUAGCAGUUUGUGGUAUGUAGGUGUUUAUAUACCGGUAUUUCUGUGCGGUUUUCUUAUGUUAUUCUGUAAGGUGUUUACAUACCGGUAUUUCUGUGCAGUUUUGCGGUGUUCGCACCUUCCUUACGCCCCCCUCUUUUUAGAAUUUCGUCUGAUUUGAAAUUCUAUUAAAUGUAUGUAAAGGUAUCGUGUAAAGGUACCGAUACUGGAGCCCAUUGUUUUAAUCCAUGCCACCCUUGUUUCAAGCACAUAAAAUGUCACGUCAAUGUUGUGUUGAAAGUGACGAUAAUAAAUUGACCAGGGAAGAUCAGUACAGGAUUAUGAUUUUAAUUGCUGUAUAACGCAACUGAAAUGGCAGAAUACCAUGCAAACCAUUUAUUCAGUCAGUGGUACAUCAGAUAUAUCACUGGCAACAUGAGAUUGCUGCACACAUGAAUUAAGGUGACUCGAUCAUUAAAAAGAGGAUAGCCCCCAAGUCUUUCUAACGAGUUUACCGGACGGGCUCAAACGGUGAUGAAAUUCACAGCUAACAGUUUAAGAAAUUUUUCGUCAAAACAUACCAUAUUGAAUUUUUGUUUUUUCUGAACACUUAGCUGUAGUUAGAGAACGCAGUCCAUCAACAACCCGUGAGCGGUAGACCUUCUAUUAAGUUUCUUCUCUAAAGCAUUAGACAAUCAUUUUUCUCCUCUUUUUUACUAAGUUCUUAGAAUUUUUUCUUGCAAUUUUUUCUGUUUAAUUUAUUACUGAUAACCUCGCGUGCAUUUCUUUAUCUACAGUAAGCAGUUGAACUGACGGGAUAUACCAGACCGAGAUCGAUCUUCAUUAACAGGAGUACUCAACAUGUCUUCACUAAUAACUGCUGUAUUCAAAGCCACUAUCGGCCUGUUGGUGAAUAAAGGAAGAGAUAAACUGGCAGAAAAGUUGAAUGAGGGUGAUGUUACAGAUCAGAAAUUCCGUGGCCUGAUCGUCCGUGAAAUCGACGAAAUAAAGUCGAAGUUGGAUGGUUUAGCAAGAAAGGAUUUGUUAGUAAGUAUCAGCCUUUUUAAGGAAGGAAUCGAGUUGUUGUAUGACGUGUUUGAAAGUGCCAGAUCCAGUAGCGAGCAUCUCCCGAUAGCAGCAGGUGCAACAGCUUGUGUUGAGCAAUUCGAUAUUGCUAAAGAAAUGAGGAAAUUGGAUCUUUCUGCCUUGGAUGAGCCUUCCACAAGGAAGCUUACCAAAGCCAAGAAGAGAUUUGAAGAAGCUCGCCUAGGAGCGACAAAUGCUUUUAGUAAUGAAGCUUUGGAGUUGCCUGAUCGCCUGUUGGCUAUGCAAUAUCGAGUGAUGGCAACAAUACUGGAGACAAUUGACAAUCCUGAAGACUGUCUACCGGCUUGUAAAGUAUGUAUUGAAGACCUACAAGAUGUGUCGGGUGUUAAAGAGUGCUUCAAAGUAGAGCUUAGAAAAGGUUUUUGGGCUCGGUUGGGUAAAGAAGAACGCAGAAAAAUCAUUUCCACGGUAUGUUUCUUUAAUCGUGUAGUUUACGAUGUCACGCUGAUGGCCCGCGGGUUUGGCACCAAGGGUCAGCUAUCGGUAAACUGGCCUUGUGUUAAUACUGGAGAAGAACCAGUCAAUCCACUUCGAAAUCAAAGAGUUGCUGAAGUACUAAGUAAACAAGGUAUGGCGCAUUGCAGCUGCUUACCAUGGUCAUUUGGUCAGGAGGGUGAAGAGGAGCACAAGCUGAAGAAUCCGCUUGGUAUCGCUACAAACCAUAGAGGCCAAUUCCUGAUAGCAGACAAUGGGGAUAAAACCGUGAAGGUGUUUGAUAGCAACGGAAAGUUUGACUUUAGGUUUAAUCCUCAAACUGAUGACGCCGAUACAAAGUUAGAUAUUUUGGAUGUCGCCACUGCAGGCGAGGACGACAGGAUUUAUCUUCUGGUCAGACUGAAGAAGCCUGAGGCUGAGGAAUGGGAGUGGGAAGUGCAGGUUUUUAACAAGACUGGUGACCUACAGCACAAGUUUCCUGUGAGGAGCUGGGGCUGGGCCGGCACACUAACAGUGACCAGCGGCAAACAACGCGGCAAAAUUCUGCUGUUGACAGAUGACGUGUUGACAGGUGGCUUUGUUGAUAUUCAUGAGCCGAGUGGCGAGUUCGUUUGUAGCUUUGGUGGAAGAGGAGUGAUCAAGAAUGCAAGAGAUAUCACUGCUACUUGUGAUGGUCGCGUCAUGAUAGUGGACCCAGACGAUGACAGUUUGUACAUAUUUGAUGUGGAGGGACACCAGCUUGGCAAAUUUAAUAUCAAAGAUGAGAGAUAUGUCUAUUAUUGCAUUGCAUGUCACCCGGCAAGUGAACAUUUUGUCCUUGCUAGUCGGGAACGAGGGACACCCCGCCUGACGCUGGCUAUAUACACUGUUAAUGGCGAAUUUGUUCGCAGAAUUCAGCUGGAUGAAAAAGGAUGGGUAAAUGGCAGAAUAAUAAUACGUGGAAUAACAGUGACCGUGGAGGGUCACAUUGCUGUGGCUUUACAGGAUAUUACAGACGAAGCUACUCGCCAAGCAAAGGUAAUUGUUGUUUAA